AUGAAGACGACAGGAGGAGUUCCCAUGUCCGGACUUCCCUUCUUCCUCUUCCUCUGUCUCUUCUCCUUCUUCACUGCCUCUGCCUCUACCAAGCAAGGCCAGGUCUAUAUAGUGUAUCUGGGCGAGGACGCCGCAGCGAAGUCGAAGGGGGCGAUCCUUGAUGAUCACCAUGCCCUCCUCCUCUCCGUCAAGGGCAGCGAGGAGGAGGCACGGGCGUCGCUGCUGUACAGCUACAAGCACAGCCUGAAUGGCUUCGCGGCUCUUCUCUCCGAUGAUGAAGCCACGAAGCUUUCAGAGAGGACUGAGGUAGUGUCCACCUUUCGGAGCGACGGGAGGUGGUCCCCCCACACCACGAGGUCUUGGGAGUUUGUGGGCUUGGAGGAAGGGCUCAGCAAGGGCUGGCUGCCGUCCGGCGCUCACACCGGCGAGAAUGUCAUCGUAGGCAUGCUGGACUCCGGUGAGAAGGCUCUGCUGAAUACAGUACUACUGAACUGCUUUGGCAAAACAGGGGGAAUGAAACUCAACUGCCAUGACAAGAAGCGAUUGUUUGACGCUGCAGGGAUCUGGCCGGAGUCAAGGAGCUUCAGCGACGAGGGGCUAGGACCAGUGCCCCCGCGGUGGAAGGGGGCGUGUCAAGGAGGAGACUCCUUCAAUUCCUCCUCCUGCAAUAGGAAGGUCAUCGGCGCGCGGUACUACCUCAAGGCGUACGAGGCCCACCACGGCAGGCUGAACGCCACCAACGCGUACCGCUCGCCUCGCGACCACGACGGCCACGGCACCCACACCGCGUCCACCGUCGCGGGCCGCACUGUGCCGGGCGUGGCGGCGCUCGGCGGGUUCGCGGCCGGCACGGCCUCGGGCGGCGCGCCGCUCGCCCGCCUCGCCAUCUACAAGGUGUGCUGGCCCAUCCCGGGGCCCAACCCCAACAUCGAGAACACAUGCUUCGACGCCGACAUGCUCGCGGCCAUGGACGACGCGGUCAGCGACGGCGUCGACGUGAUGAGCGUCUCCAUCGGGUCCUCCGGGAAGCCGCCCCGGCUACCGGACGACGGCAUCGCCGUCGGCGCGCUGCACGCCGCCAGGCGCGGCGUGGUCGUCGUGUGCAGCGGUGGGAACUCUGGCCCCGCGCCGGCCACCGUGUCGAACCUUGCACCGUGGAUACUCACGGUCGGCGCCAGCAGCAUCGACCGCUCUUUCAACUCCCCGAUCACGCUUGGCAAUGGCAUGGUGAUCAUGGGACAAACGGUAACACCAUAUCAACUGCCGCCGAACAGGACGUAUCCAAUGGUUUAUGCAGCACAGGCCGUGGUUCCUGGCACUCCCGCCAACGUUACCAACCAAUGCCUGCCGAAUUCGCUCUCGCCGCAGAAGGUGCGAGGCAAAAUCGUGGUGUGCUUGAGGGGGAGCGGCCUGAGGGUGGGCAAAGGCCUGGAGGUGAAGCGGGCGGGCGGCGCGGCGAUUGUGCUCGGCAACCCGCCAUUGUACGGCAGCGAGGUCCCCGUCGACGCGCACGUGCUCCCCGGAACGGCAGUGUCCAUGGCCGACGUGAACACCAUCCUCAAGUACAUUAACUCCAGCGCGAACCCAACCGCUUACCUGGAGCGCUCGAGGACAGUCGUGGACGUGAAGCCGUCGCCGGUGAUGGCGCAGUUCUCGUCGCGUGGCCCCAACGUCCUCGAGCCCAGCAUUCUCAAGCCUGACGUUACGGCGCCGGGCCUGAACAUCCUGGCGGCGUGGAGCGAGGCGUCGUCGCCCACAAAGCUCGACGGCGACAAUCGCGUGGUGAAGUACAACAUCAUCUCGGGGACAUCAAUGUCGUGCCCGCAUGUCUCCGCCACCGCCGUCCUCCUCAAGUCUGCCCACCCCGACUGGAGCGCCGCCGCAAUCCGAUCAGCCAUCAUGACCACCGCAACAGCUAACAACGCGGAAGGCGGCCCAAUAAUGAACGCGGACGGAACGGUGGCGGGGCCCAUGGACUACGGCUCGGGCCACAUCAGGCCCAGGCACGCGCUGGACCCGGGCCUCGUGUACGACGCGUCCUUCCAGGACUACCUCCUCUACGCCUGCGCCAGCGGCGGCGCGCAGCUCGACCGCUCGUUCCCGUGCCCGGCGACCCCGCCGCGUCCGCACGAGCUCAACUACCCUUCCGUCGCCAUCCACGGCCUCAACGGGUCCACCACCGUGCGCCGGACGGUGACCAACGUCGGCGAGCACGGGGCGCAUUACAGCGUCGCCGUGGUCGAGCCCAUGGGCUUCUCCGUGAAGGUCUCGCCGACGAGCCUCGCCUUCGCACGCGCCGGGGAGAAGAAGACCUUCACGAUAAAGAUCGCAGCGACGGAGAAGAGAAGUCGGCGUCCGAAGAGGAAAUAUCUGGCAGGCUCGUACACGUGGAGCGACGGAGUCCAUGCUGUGAGGAGCCCCGUCGUGGUUCUCGUCGCGUGA